UCCUGGACAUUUCACCCCGGAGGAGUGGGUUUGUGCUGGAUCCAGGCCAAAGGAAUGUCAUGGAGGAGAAAGAUGGGAAUCUCUCGGCUUCCCUGGGGAAUGUGUGCGAGGCAGGAAAUGAAAGUGAAGUCCAUCAAGUAUUGGCUGAAAGCGAUGAAGUAUCAGUUGUGGCAAAGAAUUUUGGGGAUCGACACGGAAUGAAGAAGGAGAAGGGCAAGCUUAGAAAAAAGCAGAGGAAUGAAUCCAUUGCUUGCCUGGAUGGUGACUUCCAUGAAAUACCAAUUCAUGAAAAAAUGUCGGGAAGGACCAAUAACCCUGAUAGUGGAAAAAACCUUGCUUAUAAGUCAGAACUUGCAAACUAUUGGGAAACAUGCACAGGAAAGAAACCCUUUCAAUGUUUGGAGUGUGGAAAGAGCUUCAGUCAGAGUGGAAGUCUUACAACACACUUAAGAAUUCACACAGGGGAGAAACCAUAUAAAUGUCUGGAGUGUGGAAAGAGCUUCAGUCAGAGUGGAAGUCUUAAGAUACACUUAAAAAUUCACACAGGGGAGAAACCAUUUAAAUGCCUCGAGUGUGGGAAGAGCUUCAGUGCUCAUGGUAACCUUAACUCCCAUCAAAGAAUUCACACAGGGGAGAAACCAUUUAAAUGUCUGGAGUGUGGAAAAAGCUUCCGUCAUAGAGAAGCUCUUACAGUACACCAAAAGAUCCACACAGGAGAGAAACCUUUUAAAUGCCUCGAGUGUGGAAAGAGCUUUAGUCUGAGAAAUUCCCUUACUUUACAUCAAAAAAUACACACAGGGGAGAAACCUUUUAAAUGUCUGGAAUGUGGAAACUGCUUCGGUUUAAGGAGACAGCUUACUGUGCAUUGCAGAAUUCACACAAUGGAGAAACCAUUUACGUGUCUGGAGUGUGGAAAGGCAUUCAGUCAGAGUGGCAACCUGGCUUGCCAUCAAAGGAUUCAUACAGGGGAGAAGCCGUUUCAAUGCUUCGAGUGUGGAGAGAGCUUCCGAAGGAGUCACCACCUUACUUCUCAUCAAAGAAUGCACACAGGGGAGAAGCCAUAUAAAUGCCUGGAGUGUGGGAAGAGUUUUGGUCAUAGUUAUUUACUUACUACACAUCAAAGAAUGCACAAAGGGGAGAAACCCUAUCAAUGCUUGGAGUGUGGAAAGAGCUUCUAUUGGAGUUCUGAUCUGACUAAACAUAGUCGAACCCACACAGGAGAGAAACCAUUUAAAUGUCUGGAAUGUGGGAAGGGCUUUAAUCAAUGCUCAUCCCUUACUGUACAUGAAAGAACUCACACAGCGGAGAAACCAUUUAAAUGCCUGAACUGUGAGAAGAGCUUUAGUCAGAAGUGUCGUCUUACUUCCCAUCAAAGAGUUCACACUGAAGAGAAACCGUUUAAAUGCCUGGAGUGUGGGAAGAACUUCCGUUUGUCUGAGCAGCUUACUAUCCACAAAAGAAGCCACACAGGAGAGAAACCAUAUAAAUGCCUGGAAUGUGGGAAGAGCUUCAGUCAGAAGGGUCACCUUACUACCCAUCGAAGGAUCCACACAGGAGAGAAACCAUUUCAGUGCCGGGAGUGUGGGAAGAGUUACAGUCAGAUGUUUUUCCUUACUUCCCACCAAAAAAAACACACUGGAGAGAAGCCAUUUAAAUGCAUGGAAUGUGGGAAAAAGUUCAGUUCUGGCCAGCACCUUACUUCACAUCACAGAAUCCACAUCGUGGAGAAACCUUUUAAAUGCCUGGAGUGUGGGAAGAGCUUCAGUCAGAAGUAUCGUCUUACUUCCCAUCAAAGAGUUCACACUGAAGAGAAACCAUUUAAAUGCCUGGAGUGUGAUAAGACCUUCCGUUGGUCCCAGCAACUUACUAUCCACAAAAGAAGCCACACAGGAGAGAAACCAUAUAAAUGCCUGGAAUGUGGGAAGAGCUUCAGUCAGAAGAGUAACCUUACUACCCAUCAAAGGAUCCACACUGGAGACAAACCAUUUCAGUGCCGGGAGUGUGGGAAGAGUUUCAGUCAGAUGUUUUUCCUUACUUCCCACCAAAAAACACACACUGGAGAGAAGCCAUUUAAAUGCAUGGAAUGUGGGAAAAACUUCAGUCAGAGUGGAAAUCUUAAGAUACACUUAAGAAUUCACACAGGGGAGAAACCAUACAAAUGUCUGGAGUGUGGAAAGAGCUUCAGUCAGAGUGGAGCUCUUACAGUACAUCGCAGAAUUCACACAGGGGAGAAACCAUUUAAAUGCCUCGAGUGUGGGAAGAGCUUCAGUGCUCAUGGUAACCUUAACUCCCAUCAAAGAAUUCACACAGGAGAGAAACCAUUUAAAUGUCUGAAGUGUGGAAAAAACUUCCGUCAUAGGGAAGCUCUUACAGUACACCAAAGGAUCCACACAGGAGAGAAACCUUUUAACUGUCUGGAGUGUGGAAAGGCAUUCAGUCGGAGUGGCAACCUGGCUUUCCAUCGGAGGAUUCAUACAGGGGAGAAACCGUAUCAAUGCAUGGAAUGUGGAGCGAGCUUCCGACGGAAUAAUCACCUUACUUCUCAUCAAAGAAUGCACACAGGGGAGAAGCCAUUUAAAUGCCUGGAGUGUGGGAAGAGCUUUGGUCACAGUUAUUUACUUACUACACAUCAAAGAAUGCACAAAGGGGAGAAACCCUAUCAAUGCUUGGAGUGUGGAAAGAGUUUCUAUUGGAGUUCUGAUCUGACUAAACAUAGUCGAACCCACACAGGAGAGAAACCAUUUAAAUGUCUGGAAUGUGGGAAGGGCUUCAAUCAAUGCUCAUCCCUUACUGUACAUGAAAGAACUCACACAGCGGAAAAACCAUUUAAAUGCCUGAACUGUGAGAAGAGCUUCAGUCAGAAGUAUCGUCUUACUUCCCAUCAAAGAAUUCACACUGAAGAGAAACCGUUUAAAUGCCUGGAGUGUGGGAAGAACUUCCGUUUGUCUGAGCAACUUACUAUCCACAAAAGAAGCCACACAGGAGAGAAACCAUAUAAAUGCCUGGAAUGUGGGAAGAGCUUCAGUCAGAAGGGUCACCUUACUACCCAUCGAAGGAUCCACACAGGAGAGAAACCAUUUCAGUGCCGGGAGUGUGGGAAGAGUUACAGUCAGAUGUUUUUCCUUACUUCCCACCAAAAAACACACACUGGAGAGAAGCCAUUUAAAUGCAUGGAAUGUGGGAAAAAGUUCAGUUCUGGCCAGCACCUUACUUCACAUCACAGAAUCCACAUCGUGGAGAAACCUUUUAAGUGCCUGGAGUGUGGGAAGAGCUUCAGUCAGAAGUAUCGUCUUACUUCCCAUCAAAGAGUUCACACUGAAGAGAAACCAUUUAAAUGCCUGGAGUGUGGGAAGACCUUCCAUUGGUCCCAGCAACUUACUAUCCACAAAAGAAGCCACACAGGAGAGAAACCAUAA